UCUGAAAAGGCAGGUGGGAUGAUGACUGGAUCAAAGACCGACCCCUGCCUUAGAUCAGCAGGGGGAGACUGCUUCAUCUUCUCGCCUCAAUACAUGAUCUAAAAUCCUUUCCACCAGACAAAUUCAUCAACCUCUCACCUAGAGGAAAUGGAUUUUUGUUGUAGUAUCUGACUAUGAAAAAGUAUAGUUAACGAAAUUGGGGGGGGAGGAAAUCAAGAUUUUUAUUGUGACUUAAAUUUAGCCUCUAACUUUAAAUGGGGACUCAUUUUCAUCUUCCACCUUUACCUUCAAAAGGCUUAAUAUAUAUGUUAUUUAAAAUGAGUAUUUGAAUGGAAACAAUUAGACUCAGCCUUAGAGCCUGCUCUCAAACCCACGGAAAUCAAUAACAAAACUUUCAUUAAUUUAAGGGAGUGCAAGAUCAUUGGAUGUGCUAGGCCUAUUCAUGAAAAGUAGCCAUGAUUUUGUGUGCUGCCCACACCACUUGAUUUCAGAAACUCGAGAUUUGUUCAAAAGUCUACUUUCCAUGUUUAUCACAUAAAAUAUAACCCAAUGCUUAAACCAGUAGACCACACUGCCAAAAAGAAGCCAGAGUAAUAACUAGCAUGUUAAUAAGGAACUUUACACAAUAAGGACACUACACCUCAGAUAAAUUCUGUGAUGCAAUAUUUGAAAAAUUGUUUGUUUUUCUCUUAAGUGGUUCUCAAACCUUCCGUAGUGUGGACCACAUCUUAAAACAAAGAUGAUCUCAUGGACACCUCUCUUCACAUUCAUGACCACUCAGACCAGUCUUCCCUCCCAUUUGGAAUCACAUGCUAUCCCUGAAUAGCUUUAAGCAGUACAAUACAAGUAUUAGCUAACACAGGUUGGCACAAGAUGCAAAGUGUAGACCUAGAUUAAAACUUUCCCACAGUUCAAGGUUGUUCAGCAUUUGGGUUUGGGCCCAUCUCUUUUAACUGGAAGAGCAGACUACUUACCGUACAUCACCUAGAUCAAUGGUGAAUUAGGCAUCAAAACCAGAUCUACUAGAUUUAUUUAGCAUGAGAGUUUGGUCACAGAAGUUGUGUGUCACCUUUGUGACCUAAUAUUGAAGCAACCUAAGGUGAAAUCCUAUUGAAGUUAAUAGGAGUUUUGUCAUUGACUUCAGUGGGACCAGGAUUUUACCCUGGAAUUCCAGUACUUUCUGCUAACCUGGAUGAAUCCCUGGAUCCCUUGCCAUUCCGCCAAGAAAUCAAGGAGUUAGAGAUUUCAGUGGCAGCAUCAAAUAUAUAUAUUUUGACCAAAGUACCUUCCAUGUGAAGAAUCUGGAAGGAUGUAUGGAUAUAACUAACACAGCUGAAACUAUGUGGCUAAAAAUACAGAAGAGAAAGAACAUCCAGCUGGAGUCCUCAUUUUAAAGUGCAGGUAUACUUUGAAAGGGGACUCUGUAAAUGUGGCAUCAUGGAGGUUUAUGGUUUUGGGUGUGGGGGUUGUCUCUUAAAUAGUGCAGACCUAAAUUUACUCAGUUGAAAUUAUUUUUUUUUUACUAACUGCUCUGCACGCACCUUGUGAUGUGAAAGUCAACCUGUACAGUACUUUUUUAGCUCAUACCUCAACACCAUAAUGGAAAUUCUGCCAUCAGAAGACAGUAAAAUGUUCUGUUGUUGAUGCAUGAGAUAGAAUAGAAUGCAACUCAGUCUUUGAUGAUCAUAUUGUCUCUGCAGUACUAAGUGGAGUAAAAAGUACAGGUGAGUCACAUCAUACGUGCAUUUAACUUAACUCGAAUUCAACUAUGCACCCUCGGCAAAAAAAAGAGAAACAAGAUACCUGUAAAUAGUGCAAGUGAUUCCACCCACCAUUCCACUCAAUGAGCAUAUGCCCCGGAGUGAGCGUGAGAUGGAAUAUGUGAAUCUGUUAUUCCCUCUGUUGGUCUCAGUUCCCACGUGCCUCUCAUAGUGUUAGCAUCUCGCCACACUGAGUGUGAUUCCAGUGUUUAAAGAUACGUAUUUUUCGUACAACAUGGCCCCUAAAUGCAAGCCACCUACAUCUGUUGCUCAACCGAAGAAACAGCGAUCUGUUCCAAUGCUGGAGGAAAAACUGACUGUGUUGGACUUAUUGAGAGACGGUGUGUCGGUCUCCAACAUGGCACGUAAAUAUGGCCACAACGAAUCUAGCAUCCGUGCCAUCAAGAUUCGAGAGAGAAAUUUGUCAAGCCAUGGCAUCAAGUGCGCCAAUAAUUGCUAAGGUGACGAACCAAGUGCAUGAUAAGACUUUAGUGAAGACUGAAAAGGCAUGAAACUUAUGGCUGGAAGACAUGAACCGUAAAUGUGUGCCUAUGGAUGGCAACGCGUUGUGAGAAAAGACUCUUAGCCUCUACGCGCUGUUCAAACCUCCCACUGAAGAGGGACAGCCUUCUGAUAAGAAGGAAUUCAAAGCCAGCCACGGUUAGCUUAACAGUUUUAGGAACCGCUUCAACUUCAAAAACAUGCAGACUACUGGUAAAGCUGCAUCUGCCAAUGAAGAGGCAGCAAAAGCCAACCCUGAACAAUUAAAGAAAAUCAUGGAAGAAAAGGGCUAUCUUCCGGCUUUUUAAUGCUGACAAGACUGGGCUCUUCUGGAAAAAAAUGCCCAACCGCACUUACAUUUUGAAAUCAGAAAGACAAGCCCCUGGAUUCAAAGCAGCUAAAGACUGUGUGACUGUGUUGUUUUGCGGCAAUGGGGCUGGGCAUUUAAUAAAGCCAGGCUUGCUCUACAGGGCUUCAAAUCCCCGUGCCAUAAAGGCAAGAACAAAAUCUCCUGCAUGUGUUCUGGCAAUCAAAUAAAAAGGCUUGGAUGACGGCAGCAUUAUUUCUGGAUUGGUUCCACAAGUGUUUCAUUCCGGAGGUCAAGGGGUACCUCAAAGAGAAAAGACUUGACUUUAAAGUGUUGCUGAUCGUAGGCAAUGCUCUUGGCCUUCCUGCGGCACUCCGGUUUGCACAUAAUGAUGUUGAAGUUGUCUUUCUCCCCCCCAAUACCACCUCCAUCCUCCAGCCUCUUGACCAAGGCAUGAUUUGCUCUUUCAAGGCCGUGAACACGAGGCUUACGUUCUCACAGAUAUGUAGCGCUAUGGAUGCUGAUCCCAAUCUUAACGCGAUCGAGUGUUGGAAGUUCUUCAAUGUUGCCAAUUGCAUCACUUAUAUUAAACAGGCAAUGGAUGCAGUCAAGCCUGAGACAGUCAAUGCAUGUUGGCGAAACCUAUGGAAAGAAUGUGUGAAUGAUCUUAAGGGUUUCCCAACCAUUGACAAAGAAGUGAAACGCAUUGUUCAGGUAGCCAGGCAAGUGGGUGGUGAUGGCUUCCUGAAUAUCCUUGAGGAAGAAAUUGAAGAAUUAAUUGAGAGCCAUAGAGAAACAUUGACUAACGAAGAGCUAGAGGAACUGAUAAAAUUGUCUACAGAAGACGAAGAUGAUGACGACGAACAGGAAGAGCCAGCAAGUUGGAAUCUUGAAUGAUUUAAUUUCUGAAUACCAUCCCUCUAUGGAACGAAGCCUCAAAAUCACACGUAGUAUUACGAACGAUUUGAGACCGUAUCAAGAAAUGUUUGAGCAGCUCAAGCGACAACAGCGACAGUUGCCGAUCACCAUGUUUUUCGAGAAAAAACAACCAGCAGCAGAUGAGCCUACACAAUCAACUUCUUGAGCUGAACCAGAGCCAAUCACCAGAUAAGUAUGCCCAGUGGUUGGUGAU